AUGUACGGCCACGGCGACUGUAAUAUCCCGGCCGGCUGGAAUUUAUUCUUUCCCAAAAAGAACUGGUGGGAGCCUUUCCAAUGGAAAAUCCUGAAGGAGCCGAUCAAGCCCGGGUAUUCCUUGUCAAACCAUUAUUAUGCUCACGUAUUCACCAAACCCGGUACUUGUAACGAUGAUGUCGAUGAUAAUCAUCCAUUGGUGGUGCCUGGAUGUGGAACUUGGCACCCAAUUUCUGAAAAAGAGUUCACACCGUUUGAUGAAAUUGAAAACCCAUCAGUGUUUCUGAAAAGAUGGAAAUGGAGUAUGAUCGAGUACACCAUCAAUCCAGAUGCUCAUGGAAUUACCGGCGACGCCGCCGCCGAUUACUUGCUGUGUAUAUUAAAUAGGGUCGCUGACUAUGUCAUCGACCUCAAUAAAAGAGACCACCCUGACAGCGUCGACAGCGGCGGCGCGGGAGAACCUCCGGAACAAUUAGGACAAUCAGUUCGCCGGAACCUGCGAAUCCGAGGCCAUAAUUACCACCCUCAACGACAUAUGCGUUUCUAUACUCGCUGUUUGGUACAAAAUGAGGACGGAUUGUUGACUAUUGAUGGAGGAAUGGUUUAUAAUUACGCGAGUCGAGUUUCGUAG